GUCGUCCACGAGCCCGGAAGCUUCAUCCACCACACGCUCUGGUGGAGCAGAAGCCGGUGAAAAAAAGUGAUUGUCUGCUUAGGUUUUACUGAAACAGAAAACAUCCGCCAACUCUGACAGAGCAAACAGAAGUCCUGAACACGUUUUCUAUUUGGACGUUUUAGGGGUUCUUUUUGUUUUUGUUUGUUUUUUGCAUUUGGCUUAUUUGAAGACUUUGGACCUCCCCCACCCCACCCCGACGCAAUUCUAGAAGAUUUGAAUGGAAAAGGCAGCCACAAGUGCACAACCCAGCUAGCUGUAGAGCCCAUUGAAGGUUUGAAGGUUCAGUGAUGCCCGUGAAGAAGAAAAGAAAGCUCCCUGAUCCUGAUGAUCAUCAGCCCAAGUGUAAAAUCACAAAUUUCACCCAACGUCCCAUCUGCGACCCCAAAGCCGUCAGCACGGACAAGCCCUUCUCUGGCAAAAAGUGCCUGGCUUGGUUCUACCAGUACGCAGGCCGGGACGAGGUGGUGGGCCCCGAGGGCAUGGAGAGGUUCUGUGAAGACCUUUGCGUAGCCCCUGAGAACGUGAUCAUGCUGGUGUUGGCCUGGCAUCUGGAAGCUGCCAACAUGGGCUUCUUCACCAAAGACGAAUGGCUCAGGGGAAUGACGUCCUUACAGUGUGACUGCACAGAGAGGUUGCAAAGCAAACUGGAUUACCUGCGGGGUGAGCUCAACGACUUGGGCCUCUUUAAAAACAUUUACAGAUAUUCUUUUGACUUUGCCAGGGAUAAAGACCAGAGGAAUUUGGACAUGGACACGGCAAAAUCCAUGCUGGCCUUGUUGCUAGGCAGAUCUUGGCCUCUCUUCCCAGUCUUCCUCCAGUUUCUAGAACAGUCCAAAUACAAGGGUGUGAACAAGGACCAGUGGUACAACGUGUUGGAGUUCAGCAGAAGCAUCCACACCGACCUCACAAACUACGACGAAGACGGAGCUUGGCCGGUGCUUCUGGACGAGUUUGUGGAAUGGCACAAAGCUUGCUCUGCAUUGUAGCAGACUUGAACACAACACCGAAGAAGACGAUGAUUGCAGACUAAGGAGAAAACACACUGAUGGACUGUGACUGCUCACACACACACACACACACGGAUGGACUUGUUGUGCAACCAAGUUCUCAAAAUUAGGGAUGCCUUUUUUUCUUGAUUGAUUGUCCCUCCUUUUGUUUAUAAAUGUUCAAAAUAAUAAAAAAGUAAAUUGGAUUACAUGCUUCUUCACAAGAGUUCUACUACA